AUGCGAGCGAUACUGCCGGGGAGACCCCCAGCGAAGCUCCAGUCUUUCAGCACCGCGCUGUGGAAUGAUCUUCGUGUUGUUGCGUACAUCUCCGGCCACGCGCUGGUUAUCCUCGGCGGUCCGCAGACCCUCCUCCAAACGAUCUACGUCGAUGAUACCGAAACACUCGAAGCUGUAGCUUUCAACGAGAUAUCUGGCAAAAUUGCUGUCUGUGGUGGGGCUGAUGUAUUCGUGUACCAGCCGUACGGCAUCCAGGGCGAAACACUGAAGUGGUCUCUACUUUAUACGCUCCGUGCCUCUGACGAUGACGAACCGAUCUCCACACUAUCAUGGGGUUCCUCCAACGAGCUCCUGGUGGGUAACUCGCGCCUUGCCCUUUGGUUUAUGAACGAUGAACCACGUCUUGUCUGGAAAAGAAAGCUUGCGGCGCCGGUCAAAUUCGCUCAAUUCUCCCCCGAUUCGGCCUUGAUUGUCACAAUUGGGCAUUAUGACCGCUUGGUGAAGGUAUGGAGACGACUCGCGUUUGGCGCUGACGAGGUCCGGUUCGAAAACUCGUACCUACCUCAUCCGAACGUCGUCACCGGGAUACACUGGCGAUUUCCUCGGCACCCUGAGCAAUCUAUGGAUAAUGUCCUGUAUACAUUUUGCGCCGACAACAAGAUUCGAGUAUGGGCAGUGACCGACCAUCACGCGCUCUCAGCUCUACAAUUCUGGGCAGAGAUUGACAUGAAUGUGUCAGUACAACCUAGACAUGCUUUGGAUGACGAUAUAGGACUCCAACGGCGGUACGGCUUCAUCUUGGAUAGCCGUGACUUCUGUGUCGCGACCGAGCGUGCUGUUCAGCGGACCACAGGGAACAAGGAAAACCACGCGCUGGAACAUAUCAUCGAGGUUGCGAGUAAGGCCCCGGAGAUUUGCAUCGUAAUCGAUGGCCACGGUCACAUGUCUGCCUGGGCUUUGGAAGAUAUUGGCUCUAAAGCAAAGACGAAGUUGAGCGUCUUCAAUAUUCUCCAUGUCGAGGGCUUGGACUUUGGGUUUGCAUUCGAUCGACCGCCACAUGAAGACUAUGCUCAAAUUCGCGCAUUCCAAAGUACGACAUCGAAUGACAAACUGAGUGUUCUGGUCCACCACUUUGAUGGUCGAAUUGAAUGGUACGAUUCCCGCGUGGAUGUCCUAUUUGACCCUGCGCCACGCACGAGGAGAGUUGCACAGAGAUCCUCCUGGUCUGGUCAUACUGCCCCUGUCAAAAAAAUUGUCCGAAAUGCGACUGGAGACGCUCUGGUGUCACGUACUAACGAUAACAAAGCCACCGUUUGGACACAGCGGCGGCGAGUAGGUGGCUCCAUUCUAGGGCGCAAGAGCGUUCUCUUCUCGGAUGAGCACAUUCAUCGGACAUGCAUACUAGAGUGUGGGGAUCUGCUUGUUAAUCUCCACCACAAUGGAAUUUCCUUAUGGGAUGUCAGCUCGAAUCAUGCCAAGAAAUUGGCCUCGUUGCCAUUUACCAGGCCCGGCAAACCAUUGUGCGUGUUGCCGAUCCCCAGCACUGAAGCGACUGCAGAUGUUUUCUAUGUAGCGACUAUCUGGGGAGACAUGCACGGAAUUGCAUGGGAGAUACGACGCCCUGUGCAAGACGCAGAAAAGGAGAGAGCUGUAAAUGAACGUGAUUAUCAAUUACGAGACUUCUGCAGCUUUGACAUGGGAUUGAAGGAAGACGUCGCAUACAUACUCCCGGUGGACCCAGCUGGGCCUAAAGCGAAGACUUCGGGGUUCUUCGACUCUUUCUCCACCGACAUUGCUCUCUCCUAUACCCACAGUGGAGUGGUGCGGACCUGGACAGCCACCGUUGACCCGGUGGCCGUUAAAAUUGAUUGGCUACUUCAAUCAACAGUUGACACUGGCAUCGUCAACCCAUCUCUGGCUAGUGCGAGCUCUAUUCGCAAGGCCGCCUUGGUUGAUGAAGAACGGACUCAUCUCACAAUAUGGGAUACCAAUAACGCCCAGCUAGAGUUUGAGGAGCAUUUCGCUUCAUAUGAUACCAUAAGGGAUUUGGAUUGGACCUCGACCCCAGAUAAGCAGUCCAUAUUAGCCGUGGGAUUUCCGCACAAGGUUAUUCUCUUGUCUCAGCUCCGUUAUGAUUAUCUCGACUCCCGACCGUCGUGGACACAAGUCCGAGAGAUCUGGAUUCGAGACCUUACACCUCACCCCAUAGGAGACUCUUGCUGGCUGAACAACGGCCAUUUGGUCAUUGGAGCAGGAAAUCAACUGUUUGUCUAUGACAAGAACAUCGAUGUCGGAGAUCGCCUGGUUUCCGAGCUUCGGAUGCCAUCUCGAGGGUUGUCGACUGUUGAUCUCUUCGACCUUGUCAGCAGGCUGAACGGUCCAUUGCCUGUAUUUCAUCCACAGUACUUGGCACAGUGCAUUCUGGCUGGCAAGACUAGUUUGGUACAUUCAAUCUUGUUGAAACUACACCGUAAGCUGAAGUUCUACACCGAGGGGGACGACCUAGACGGUUUCCUAGAGAUGCCGGUAGAAUAUUUCUACAAGCCAGACUCUUCCCAACAAGCGUUUUCUAAGGAGAUGCGCUCUUCUUAUGUCGAUCACACCGAUGAGGAAAUAUCCUCUGUCAUGGAUGAAAAAACCGCAGUCGCUCUCAAUGAAAGCUUAGCACGAAUUGCCCUGCCGCAACUGUCUAGCCACGAACAAUUCCGCUUGGCAGACACCAUUGAAUGCGUUGCCAUGGUUGAUAAGCACCGGCGGUCAAUGGACGAUAACGCAGCACGCUAUCUCCUGUUCUUUCGACAGCACAUGUUGCGACGGAGUCAAGGAGUUGCUAACAAAGACACUGUUUCAUGGAGAGAGAUUGUCUGGGCUUACCAUAGCAGUAGCCAAGAUAUCCUGACGGAUCUUGUCUCCCGACAAUUCAAUGGAAAGUUGACUUGGAAGGCUGCUCGUGAGAGCGGUCUAUUCAUGUGGCUGUCAGAUUCCGCAGCUGUGAGAGUGCAACUAGAAAUACUGGCUCGGUGUGAAUACACUAAGACGGAAGAGAGAAACCCCAUUGACUGUACACUGUAUUACCUCGCCCUCGGAAAGAAAAAUGUUCUGCAGGGUCUUUGGCGUAUUGCACACUGGAACCGCGAACAAGCAGCGACCCAACGUCUACUUGCGAAUGACUUCAAAGAACCGCGAUGGAGGACAUCUGCUCUGAAAAAUGCUUAUGCAUUACUUGGAAAGCGGCGAUAUGAAUACGCAGCAUCUUUUUUCCUUCUCGCCGACCAUUUGCGGGAUGCUACGAAUGUCAUCAUCAAUCAAAUGGGCGAUCUCCAGCUUGCAAUCGUCAUCACACGAGCCGUGGAAGGGGACAAUGGACCCGUUCUUCGAGAACUAUUAGAAGAAAAAGUAUUGCCUGAGGCUGCUUCGGAGGGCAACCGCUGGAUGGCCUCCUGGGCUUUCUGGAUGCUUGGACGGCGGGACAUGGCGGUGCGGGCACUGAUCUCCCCGGUCGAAACCCUUCUAUCAUCAGCAACCCCAGCCACCCCUGGAAGCCCUGGGCGAGUCACCCUACAGUCCAAAUCCUAUCUUUCCAAUGAUCCGGCGUUGGUAGUAUUGUAUCACCAACUUCGCGCAAUGACCCUCCAAACCCUCAAAGGUGCCUCCAAAGUGCGGCCAAGGGAGGAAUGGGAGUUCGUCAUUCGCAAUGCCCGACUCUAUGACCGCAUGGGCUGCGACCUUCUUGCUCUCGAUUUAGUACGCCACUGGGAGUUCUUGGGUGAACUGCCUACUCAGGAUUCGUUGAAACCAGACACUUCCCUAGAAACAGCCGAGAACGGAGUCGAUUACCGUAAAUUGCUUCGGCGGCGCAGCAGCCUCGUGGUUGCUGAUAUGCCGGUGCGACGUGCAGAUGUCUCGGUGCAAGCUGUCGCUACCGAACCUACUCCCGGGAGUACAGCAGAGAAAGAAGAGCAAAACCCAAGCCUAAACCGCCUCCUACCAUGUUCCAUGAGCCUGAUGCCAAUUCGUUGCUGGACAGCUUUGGAUUCU